AUGCGCGAAAUAGACCCGCUCGUUUUCGAAUACCAGCAUGAGAAGCAGCGACCACGAGAAGCGGAAGCGUUACUAAUUCUUAGAAAAGUCGCUUCGCUGGUAAAACCCAUCAUGCGUCGACGAGACUGGAAAGUCGGGACGCUCUGUGAAUUCUACCCUCAUCAGCGGAACCUGCUUGGCUUGAACGUCAACGCGGGCCAAAAGAUCUGUCUACGGCUGCGGUAUCCUUCUGAUCAGCGCCAGUUCUUACCUAUCGAGCAGGUAGUGGAUACGAUGCUUCAUGAGCUGUGUCAUAUCGUGCAUGGACCUCACAACCAGCAGUUUCAUGCACUUUGGAAUCAGCUACGAGAUGAGCAUGAAGAGCUUGUCAUGAAAGGCUACACAGGUGAAGGGUUCCUUUCUGAAGGGCGACGGUUAGGGGGACGGAAAAUGCCCGUCGAUGAGGCACGCCGUGUAGCCAGAGCAGCUGCGGAGCAGAGGCAGUCUCUAUCUGCUGGAUCUGGACGACGACUUGGUGGAGCGCCUGUUCUGCGCGGAACUAAUAUGCGCCGGGUCAUCGCUGAUGCUGCGCAGAGGCGCAUAGAAGUGACGAAUGGAUGUGCCUCGGGCGCUGACAACAGUGCCGAACUUGCAGAGGAAGCCUCCAGGAAUGGCUUCCGAACUAAGGCAGAGGAAGACGAUGCCAAUGAGCGAGCCAUCAUGGAAGCGUACAUCGAUCUGAUUGAACAGGAGGAGCGUGAGAGAUACGGCCCUUCUUAUAUUCCGCCGAGCCAUGAUAAUCCCGCAGGUCCGCGGACAACGCUGUCUCCGCCACCUGUCCUGGAGAGCAGCAGGCCGAGAGGGCCGUCGCAGCCUGCAGAUACUAUUGACCUCGUCUCGGAUGAUAACCUCUACGAUAAGCCAUGGUCAUGUCCGACAUGCACCCUUGAAAACCCAGCAAACUUCCUUUGCUGUGAUGCGUGUGCAUCAGAACGUCCGCGGCCAACAACCACAAGAUCUGUUUCUGGCCCUCCCACUACUACUGCUAGUUCGAUUCAGCCAAACCCAGCAGUGAGCAAGAACAAGCGGUCGAUUAGUCCGUCAACCCGUUACACCGGGUUCAAAAACCGGACUCGUGCUGUUGAAUCAUUAGCCGCUCUCGAACGGAACGCCAACAAGCGACCUCUCGGAUGGCUAUGCGAUAACUGCGGGGCUUUCAUGGAAACCGAGUGGUGGACUUGUUCCAACUGUGGCUUGAUGAAGCGCGCAUCAUGA